AUGAAAGUUUCUGUCAUCUUCCUCAUUGUGAGCCUAUUCAGCCCACUUCUUGAGGCUAACCCAGGAAUCAAGGUGAAAAUCACACAGAAAGCUUUGGACUAUGGUAAGCAAUUUGGAAUAGAGCUUCUGAAGCAGAGAUUAAAGAAAAUGACCUCUGAAGACUGGAAUGGGCAAGAUACAUAUGGAUUUAUUGGACUCAACUACAAAGUUGCAAAGAUAAGAAUUGAUAAUGCGGAAUUCCCCAAUACAUCCUUGUCUCUCAUCUCUGGAACUGGGAUUAAACUAUUAGUUAAAGAUGCUUCAGCAACAGCUAGUGCAGACUGGAGUGUGAAGACCUGGCUAUUCACACAUUCUGGAACAGGGACUGUCUUCAUUUCAGGAGUGUCUGUCACAGCAGUUAUAAAAGUGUCUCAGAGUGUCUCAGGUCAUCUGAAAUUGUUGCUUGAAAGCUGUGAAGGAGAAGUAGGAGAAAUUGACAUCAAACUGAAUCAAGCUUAUAGAUGGUUGUAUAAAUACUUUACUACUUUUCUGGUACAGCCUCUAAAUAUCAGUCUGGGCUCAAAUUUGUGUCCAAAAUUGGAUUCUGAGAUCCAAAGGAUUAAUGAAGAAUUCAGCCAGUAUCCAGUCCAAGCUCAGAUAGAUCCUUUUGCAAUAGUAGACUAUUCCCUGGUAAACUCUUCAGCUAUCUUUGAAUCAUCAAUUGACUUGGAUUUAAAGGGAACAGUCUAUCCAGUGGAAAAAAUCACAGAGCCCCCCUUCAAGCCAACCCCUUUUGUUCUUCUGGAUGAGAACAACUCUAUGUUCUAUAUAGGAGUCUCAGAAUAUUUCUUUCGGUCUGCUUCACUGGCUUAUUACACUUCUGGAGCUUUUGAUAGCUCUGCUGAACAGGAGGAAAGGCUUUCUUCUUACUUCAAGUUAACCACAGAAACAUUGAACAAAAUCAUUCCCAGUAUUGCUCAUCUUUAUGGAGAGCCACUUCCAGUAAUUAUGGAAAUAACAAUUACAACUGUACCUGUGAUUAGUCUGCACAGUGAUAAAUCCACCCUGGAGUUUACUAGUUCUAUGGAAGUAUUGGCAAUGCUGCCAAACUCAACCACCCAAUCCAUGUUCACCUUGAACAUAACAGCUGGAACUCAUGCAAAUUUGACUAUAUUUGACCAGAAGUUGAUAACUACAUUGUGCCUGGACAGUUUCCACAUCUCCUUGGUUCAUUCCAAUGUUGGCUUCUUUGAGGCUUCACUUCUGGAUAAUUUCCUGUCUUACGUUUUACAAACUGGAAUAAUUCCAGCAGCCAAUGCCAAACUAAAGGAUGGAGUUCUUCUGCCUUUCUUGGACACAAUGAUUCUUAUGAAGCCCAAUGUUAGAAUUUACCAGGGUUUCUUGCUGAUUUCCACUGAUGUGAUAUACAAAGCCUAUGAUAACCAGGAAGAUCUAGAUCUCCAAGCAAACACGGACAUUUUUUUUUUACCAUAGAUGCAUAAAAUUGC